AUGCGGGGCAGAAGGGUUUUAAAACUUUGUGGGUCCUUGAACGGCGACUGGCGUGACUUAGGGCUGGCAGGCCCUCUCCAGCUGGAACACUGCGCAGCAGCGGGGGCUGACACGGAUGGAAACCCACCCGGGGAUGAUCGGGGGCUGUGGGAAGGUGUUGAUCAGUGCAUCCAGAAGUUUCUGGAUGUUGCAAGACAAACGGAAUGCUUCUUUCUACAAAAACGACUACAGCUGUCAGUGCAGAAACCAGAGCAAGUGAUUAAAGAGGAUGUUUCAGAAUUAAGAAAUGAGUUGCAGAGAAAAGAAGCAUUAAUUCAGAAGCAUUUGGGUAAACUGCGACACUGGCAGCAGGUCCUGGAAGAUAUCAGUGUACAGCACAAAAAGCCUGCAGAAAUGCCUCAAGGGCCGUUAGCGUACUUGGAACAAGCAUCUGCUAAUAUUCCUGCUCCAAUGAAGCAAACGUGAUCUUUGGGUUUACAUACCUAGAGAUUUUCAGCAAUGCAGAGCAGUGGUGUUCUUUAUAUUUGUAUGCUUUCUGUAUAAUGUAAUUUGUACUACAGAUAUAAAUAGUUAAGACAGUUAAGC